AUGUAUCACGUCGAACUCCUCCCCAACAGCACAACCACCCACGCCACUCCCGGGUGGACCUACGUCCCCGAUCGCGGAUUCGACCCAGCCAAAGCCGCCAUCACGCCCGCCAUCGGCCGCAAACGCGGAAUCCGCGAUCCAGGCCGAGCGGACCUCUCCUCACGACAGAACAAUGCUAUCGUUCGACAUCUCGCGGAGCUGGAUCGCGAGAAUCAUCGCGACGUGCAGAUCUCAAUUCCAGUAAAACAGAAGGAUGCGUCUGGUCGAGGCACAAGAGGCAAAGUCACCUCCAACGUCCGCCGGAUCCUCCAAUCCCAAAAGACCUUCCGCAACUACCUCGACGACGAAGAAGCCGCUCUAGCGCAGCAAGCAUCCACCCAGCAAACCCAACAACAAGCCUCCUCCACCUCCACCUCCUCGCACCGCCCCUCCAUCAACAAAAUCACCAAACCGGGCUCUACCUCUCGGCGCAGCUCAACACCCCUAACAGCAGCACCAACACCAAAGCCCGAUACCUCCUCGCGCAGUAAUCGCAAAGCACAACGCCCAUGCUCCACCGCCCCGACCUCCUCCCGCGCCUCAACCGUAACCACCGCCGCCGAAACAGAAACAGAAACACCAGCCCCCGACAAAGACCAAUCCCAAGACAAAGACAACACCGAAUCGAAGGAGAAGGAAGCGGAGGAGGAGCAAAACCCCCAUGAACUGAUAAAAUCCGAACACGACAACGACCCCCUUUUGAAAUCAUAUAUUCCCUCCGCGCCGUCGGAACGUAUCAUGCAGGCUUUGCUCGCUGAACCGCCGUUGACGUAUCAUGCAUCGCGCGCUGGCCCGCCGAUCGCGAGGAAAUCGCCGCGAUAUUUCUGCUGUAUGUGUGGGUAUUGGGGGAAGAUUCGGUGCAAGAAUUGUCAUUUGAGGACUUGUGGGUUGGGGUGUUAUAAGGUGCAUGAGGAUUCGAGGUGCGGGGCGUUUUUCUAG